AUGAUGACUUCCAAUGGCUGGGACGGGCAGGACCAUCAUAUGGCUACUGCUCCAGAAGAUGACUUUGGUCAGUUUCUCGACAUGUCCACCAUGGGCGAGGGUAUGCCGUUCGACUUCGAUGGCUUCCAAGAUGCCUCCGCGCAGACCAUGAUGAGUCGCCCGCGCGAGCAGCACGAUGCGGUUAUGGGCGACUCUGGUACCCCCUCCAUGAUGCCUCAGCCAGGGGAUGUGAUGCACAAUCCUCAACACAACCACGCACCCAUGUCUCAGGCUGGUCCGUCACAUGGAGCGCAAAUGCUGGCCACCUCUGCGCCGGCCUCGGACUCGAUAUUGACACUCGACGCUCAGAUUCAGUAUCUCCAGCAGCAAAAGUUUGAACAACAGCAGCGCCAAAUUCAGGAGCAAAGAAACGCAUACUACACUGCCCACAAUCACUCAGUUCCGCCGACACCACAAAGCCUUGAAAUGCCCCCAAACAGCGGUCACUUCUACAGCCAGCCGCAGCAGGACCAAGUGUCGUAUGAUAGACGCUAUCAUCACCAGCAGCAGCAACGCCUGAAGGAACAGGAUAUGGCUUUUACACCUCUUGUCUCUCCAGCCGUCACCCCACUGGACCCUCACUUCAAUAUUGACAGUGCCUUCACCGUGCCUGGCGCCUACUUCAGUCCCCUGACCUCGCCCGCUCUACACGCACAGAACGAUUCCGGCUCCGGGUAUGACCACAGCACGCACUCCAAUAACUCGCCCGUUGAGAUGGAUCUCGAGACUGCCCAGCUCCCGGUUGCGUCCACAUUGGAGUUGUCCAAGAAGGCUCGGAAGAACAAUGCCGCCAAGACAAGGAGCAAGGCUGCCAUCAAAAGCUCUCCCAUCUCGAAGCCCCAAAGGAAGAAGGCCGGCCCCAGCCCGGCUAUAAUGUCACAUGUUCUCAGUGAGGUUGAGGAGAGAAAUGCUAGCGCUGACCUCAACAUGGGCAUGCUGCCGGCUGCGUCGACGGACGGUUCAGACGAAAAUGCAUCAGUGUCCCCAGAGAACCUGACUGAUAUGCCUCCCCCACCCUUACCAGCAUGGAAAGCGAGCAAAUCACCAUACAUAGCGCCCCAAGCCACAGUAGCUCCUACUUCAGUGCCGUCAGCGUCCGUGCCGUCAACAACCGCCUCUCCUACAUCCCAAACUACGCCACUUGCGGCGGCCCUUGGCGAUUCACACACACAUCCGGCAACACCAGCCUCGCUGAUGAGGCUCCCCGCCUCACAAAAACAGAAGGCUGCUCUGAAUCAACCAGACCAGAUGGCUACCGACAAUAUCGAAUCUCUCGAAUUGCCAGAGUCGGUUUCGCACAAGAAGUUCGCCCCGAUUGACACGCAUGCCGCACGAGCAUCGCCUAGGAUAGAACGAGAGCCCGGCUCUGUCCAAUCUACCUCCGCAAAGCCCCUGCCCUCACCGUCGCCAAGACGGCCCGGGACGUCAUCCGCCUCGCAGAGCCCGCGGAUACUGCCCGGAGGGUCCAGCGCUCGCAAGACGCCCCAGCUCGCGCCUCGCACGGGCAGGAAACACUCGACCGGUUCGGUCCAAGUCUCGCCUGCUCUACUGCCGAGGAUAUCGCCAAGCAUAAAGCCUCUACUUCCCGGCGGCGAUUUAGGCGAGUCGGAUGCUUCGAGGUUGCUCAUGUCCAAGUCGAACUAUCAGAACAUUCUCGAAGGUAACAUGGUUCCUGGCGUUACAUAUCCCUCAGAGCUAUCGAACAAUCUCACAUCGAAGCGCACCUCGCACAAGAUCGCCGAACAAGGAAGACGCAAUCGGAUCAAUUCCGCGCUUCAGAUCAUGGCUAGUCUGUUACCCGAUAGUGGCAAAUCGCCCUCCGGCGACGAUAGCGACAAGAAGGACAGCAAGCAGCAGAACAAUUCGAAUAGCAAGGCCAGCGUGGUCGAGCAAGCUAUCGUGCAUUUGCGCCAGCUGGAAACGGAGAACGGGGAUCUCAAGAGGGAAGUGCAAGACUUGAAAAGUCAAUUGAAGGAACUCAAGGGUCCAACUUGA